CUCGGUUAUCUUGAUAAGGAUCGGUUGAUUUGUGUUUGUGAUAGUGAAGUUUCCCUUAUAUUGCUACUUCAAUUCAAUAGAAACUUGUGCUGGAGCAGCUAACAUCGCCGUUGUAAUUUAAUCUGGUUUGAAGUGGAGCAUGAUCUGCUGAGGCGAUGUUCGGCGGCGGCGGCGGCGGCGUGGGCGGCGGCUACGGCGGGGACUGCGCGGAGGGCUACGGCCUGGGGUACGGCGGCAGGCUGCAGCAGUACGCGCACUUCGCGCCGCACCAGAACGUGUGGCACCAUCACGCGGCCCACCAUGACUCCUACGGUGGCAGCGGGGUGAGCGGCGUGGGCGGAGUGGCGAGCAUGUACGGCCAGAACGUGGUCAUGGGCUCCUGGUGCGCGCCCUACGACGCCCUGCAGAGGCCGCCGGCUUAUGAUGGCGUCCUCGAAGCGUACGACGAGGGCCGCGAGUGCGUCAACUGCGGCGCCAACAACACGCCGCUGUGGCGCCGCGACGCCACGGGCCACUACCUGUGCAACGCCUGCGGCCUCUACCACAAGAUCAACGGCGUCAACCGACCGCUCGUUAAGCCCAGCAAGCGGCUGUCAGCGGCUCGGCGUCACGGUCAAUGCUGCACCAACUGCGGGUCUCGCAACACCACGCUGUGGCGGCGCAACAACGACGGCGAGCCCGUCUGCAACGCCUGCGGGCUCUACUACAAGCUGCACGGCAUCAACAGGCCACUGGCGAUGAGAAAAGACGGUAUUCAGACCAGAAAGAGGAAGCCCAAGAAGUCUGGCAGCGGCCCCAAGCCGCCUCAGGACCCCUCCAAAAAAGACGGACACAGUUCACCCGGUACUGAUGAGAGCAAGCCGAGUAUAACAGAAGUGCCCCUGCCCUUGACGUCCAUGUCGAGCCACAGCACCCACGGCCACAGCGCCAAGCACAGGGCGGACGCGCUGCCGCAUGCGCACGCGACGCCUGACAGCUCGCCGCUCGCCCACAACUCGCACCAUUCACAUUCCCAGCAGCAGGCGGUACAAGGCCAGCACGGGCAGUACGGGCUGCCCGUGGGCGCGACCUCGCCGCUGUUCCCGAACCCGUCGCUCUUCAACAUCAAGAGCGAGCCCAGCCCCGCCGCCGGCUACGACUACAAUCAACACUACCAACAACAACACUACCUGCAUGCGCUACAGUAUGGUCUCUCCAAUGGCGAAGAAGAGGAAGGCAGCGGCUUCCUUCACCAGCGCAACGUGACGGCGCACGCGAAACUCAUGGCUUCUACGUAGCAACCACUCCAGGCGUGGUAGGCUAUGAACUGUUCCGGUGCGAACAAGGCGAGUAACCCCAUCUGCCGGAGUACCGUGCACAUUGCCAUUACGGCUCAAUAGAUGGCGUUACUUACCACAAAACACACCAUCUUUUGGAGAUAUUGUGAAGUGUGAAUGUAUGAAAAUGUAUUUUUAAUUACAAAAAUACCUACAGUAUUAGGUAAGUAUGGAUUUAACUUAUGGUUAAUGUGAAAACGCUGUUUACUUAUAUAACUUUGCAUACACAUUAGAAUGUAUAAUACUUAAAUGCAGUGAAAAAGUAUUCGACAUUAAGUAAAUUAAAUAAUGCAAUUCCGCUGUAGGAAGACUGUGACCUUGCCUAUUUAGGAAAAGCGACUUAUAACUUAGAAUUAAGUAUAAUUGUUAUUAAUUUAGCUAGCCAUGAUAAUUAGACUGAAAUGUGUCAGCUAAGUAGGUAAGAUUACUCACAAAUAUGUAUUAAAUCAUGGUUACUCGUACUUCUUCGUAUAAAUAAUAAAGUUUUCUGGCAUAUAUUAUUAUGACAUCCUGAAAUGUUAUUACAAGUCUUUUCAAUUUUUAUAUGAUUUUGAUAUGCGCCAUUUAGACUCGCUUAUCUUCAAUUUAUUAAACGUUUAUAAAACAAAAUCUAAAAUGUAUUUUUAUACCAUACUAUCAUCAUACAAUACAUAUAUAUUUCGCACUCCAAGCGAUUUAAAAUAAUAAAGGUAUUAUAGGUGAUUCCUACUUAGCCCAGCUUAUACAUGCCGCGAUCACUAGUCCACGACUUAUAAGUAUAAUAAAUAUAUUACUCAUAACCUAUUAUUUAUGUAAAUAUAUCUUAUUAUAAUAAAAAAUUUUACAAGGUAUAUAGACUGUAUGUACAGUGACAUACUUAUUAGGUAAAGUCAAAUUUAAAGGGAAUAUUUUGCCCAUCAAUAAUGAAUCUCUAAAUAUAGAUCUCGUUCCUAUUAUAUUAGGUGUCAGAAGAUUACCCCUUUAGUUUGACGACAACCUGUCUCCUACUGUAAUUUUUAUAAUGUUAAGUUUUAACAGUAUUUAUAAGUUUUAGAUAUAGAUCAAUCUUUGCUUUAAGAUCUUUAAAGAGGCCGUUUAAUAUCGCCGUCAUAAAAACGUAGCAUAAAAAAGCGAUUGUCAAACCUAUUGCGAUUGCAGCGUUAAGGGUGUAUAAUAUAGUGUUACCUACUAUGAAGGACUACAGAUGGCGGGUCGCAUCACAGCGUAAAAUACUUUAAAUAGGACAUCAGUAUACCAAUUAUUUGAGGAUUUGUACGCUGUAACGCGACUUGCGCUCGCCCAUACAAUGUGCACGUACCUUUACAGUUCACACUAUACUGCUUCUGCUUAUUAGGUAUAUUGAGUUUUUACGGCCAAGUGACAUUUAGACCUAUAUAAGUAACCGGCAAUAAUGACGUUUCGGAACAUCUCUGGAUCCUUAAAUCUGAUUGAAUGAAAUUCAGUCGGGAUUUCGCCCAGGACACAGCGCCGGUACUGCGUUGUUGAAGGAGACUGAGAGACUGGUCGACUGAGUAUGGAGUAGCUUUAAACCCCGAAUGCCAGGCUAUCAUUGCAUUUUUACUCAAAUCCUUCUUCUUAAUCGAUCAUCGAUAGAUUAGCCAAUAACUUUAUUCGCUUUAUUUUUAAUAUCCGUAAAUACGAUCAUAUUUCCUCUUCUCUAUCGCGGUUAUCAUGGCUUCCUAUUCCUGAACGUCGUAAGGCCAGAAUUCUUAGUUUGUUGUAGGUUCUCCCUAAUCAAUGAUGCUCUUUACCUAAAAUCUAAAUUCCCAAUAUCGUUAAGUAAGUACGUAGUUAUUUAAUUCCAAAAAAAUUAUAAGCAAAAGCAAAAUGGCAGAUAGACUUAACUGUUGUCUGUGUAAAAUCCUGUUUGGAAUUUUAACAAUUUAAAAAGUGGAGUUUGUGUCAGCGUCUGCGCAGGCAUAAUAAAUCUAAGAUGGUCGGUCUAAGACUAGAAAAAUGAUAAACGGGAAAGCUGAUAGAAACAAAGUCUACACGAGUCUGCAUUGACACACAAUGUAUGUAAGUAUGUAGGUUUGAUGAUAAUGAUCACAAAUAGUGAUUCUGAAGUAGGUACCUACACAAGUGGUGACAGGUAG